AUGACUCUCCCAGUAACAGGCAAAUCCGGCAAGGACACCCUCGGCGCACGCCUCGAAAACGACUACGAGAAACGACCCGACCCCGUCUCACUAACCCAGAAUCCCGAUCCUUCGCAAAACACCUCCUCAGGCGUGGACUACGAACCGCAUCCUGAAAACUCGAUCAAACUAGAGCCUGAGAGGGAGAAAAUCGUACAAUCCAUAUGCAACUUGUACUCUGGAAGUGCGAGCAAAGAUGAUAUGAUGGUGUACGCCAAAGAAGCUGUAUACGACGACCCGUGGAGUUAUUGCGACACAAGAUACAAGAUUGCGGGCCAGUGGUAUGGCAUACCCAUCCUCAUGAAAAGCAGCUGGACUAUCAAGACAGAAGUCGUUUCAUCCAAACCCGAUGAGAUUAUCUUCAAGCUGCAGCAGGAGUAUACGCCGAAGCCUGUGCCUGUUGCCAAGAAGGUUAAUAGUUUGGUUACGUUGACGCUUGAUGAGGAGGGUAAGGUGAGGUAUCACAAGGAUAUGUGGAACGAGAAAGACUAUAGCCAUGAGGGUCUAGGCAAGAUUUUGAAGGAGUUGAAUGGGGAUCAUUUGACGAAGAUCACGCGACCCCCGGAAGAUCUUUGA